GUUCAGAAGUUGGAGUUGUUGGUGCACGUUCUCUGUGUUUUUCUUUGGUCCAUCUAACCUGUAAUCUCGAAGUCAAAAUGAGGGCAUGAGAGACCGGUGUGAAAUCUCAUUUUUGAGCAGGGGUAGAGAAGCAUUUUAACGAGAGAGUUGUUGUCAGAAUGUUGUUUAGAACCAACGUGAUUAAAGUUGUGAUAAUUCUGGUGAUAGCCGUUUCAAUUCAAAACGUUUCGUGAACCGGUGCCUAAACGAGUAAAGAUAUAACAGUUACCUACAAGGCCUAAAAAGUUUCUAAACGGUUAAAGACACCUGCAGUCUCCAGCAGAAUAAAACGAUUUACAGUUCCACUCCGUGUCUGUACAAGAUAAAGAGAGAGAGAGGUAAAAAAGACUCACGAAUUACUGACAGUGAAUUUUAUCUGCUGGACUGGAAUUAACACAAACACUGCAUCAGUCACUUUCAGGAAGAGAAAAACUUGGAAUCCUCAUACAGUCCCAUCUAAGAGGUCUCGGAAGCCUAAGAUACUAGCGCCACCAAGUGUCACAUAGUUCGAACGGAGGGGUUUUGAUGGACCUGGCAGCUUAUUGCUACAUUUGCUUCUAACGAAACGGGUCGUCGCACCAACCAUGGGGAACCCCGGGGAACAGGAACAAUCGUCACAAACUCAUUACCCCUCAUCUUCACCUGAAGCUGAACCUGUUCAGGAGGAAGUAGUACCCCCUCCGCCACCAUACUCAGAAAUAACGGUCAGUUCUCCUGGACGUUUUCCUUCUGCAACAGACGAGACACCAGUAACAUCUAUUCCUGCAGCCAUUGUCAACAAUACGUCACCAACCAGUCAGUCAGGCCAAAGUGAAAACGAUAAUGCAAACAGUCCAACUCAACAGGAAGUGCACGUGGAGGUUGACCCCAGGGACGCGGUCAGUGAAGAAGAGAGGAGGAGGACAUGUCGGGACAAAUGGCCCCACGAAACAUCUUGUGCUUUUGCUUGUUUUAGUUCCAUCAUUGGUAUAUAUAACAUUGGAAGGUUUUCUCUUCUCGUCCAUCUGUACAAAGCUUGUUUUAUUGUUGAAUUCAUCAUCCUAUCCCUGCUCUUCGGGAUUCCGUUUCUCUGCCUGCAGAUGGCGAUAGGGCAGUACCUGGGUUCCGGAAUAUUAGACAUGUGGUAUAUUUCUCCAGCGUUUAAAGGGAUCGGAUUUUCUCUUCUCUAUGGUUACUUAAUUUUAGGAGUCUACACAGCCGUACCUAUUUCCUGGCUUUUCGUCUAUUUCAAAGAUUCAUUUAUUACGUCCCGAGAGACGUACAAGUGGGGCACAUGUCAAGGGCAAUUCGCCCAAGACUAUUGUCUGGAAAGCCAAAACAAAUCUUCGAAAGAUUUCGUUGGUUGGUCUGUCUCCUCCUACUUCCAUGGCAACGUACUAGACAGAAAUUCUUCUAACAGAGAGGUGGGGGACCUAAGGUUUGAAAUAUCAUUUAACCUAGCUAUCGUAUGGCUGCUCGUUUUUCUCGCCCUCAGUCGCGGGAACCGUUUGUACGGAAAGUUAGUCUAUGCGUUUGUACUCGUACCAGUAAGUUUGUUGUUUCUGGUAGCUGUUAGAAUUAUGGAACAGUGGGGAAUGGGGAUAGCGACCCUUUUUGAUGCUCAAUGGAAAGAUGUACUUACGGAUUCCACGUCUUGGCUGCUGGCGGCCAGGGAGGUAUUUUUAACGUGGAUCUUGUACGGCGCCCUCUGUCUUCAGAUGUGUAGUCACAACAAGUUUACCUCCAACGUCAUGAAAAACCUCCUGGCGGUUGGUGUCGGAGUAACUUUUACUUUGAUAUUUGUAUCACUGUUCUUUGCAAGUGCUGCGCAGGCUCUGAAAGAAAAUAAUUUAACCCAUGUUCCUUCGUCCUAUGAAAACCCCGAAACCGUUCAGUUCUUACAACCACUGUCAAAGUACAACUCGGACGUAAUGAACAUUACCCCAGUCAACCUGGUGAUUGGAGAAUGUCUUUACUCCACCUUUUCUCAAACGACUUCCAGUGGAUACCAGGUGCUUCGAUUUGCCACAGAAAUAUUCCCAGCCGCUCUAGCGCUAGGUGGCGUAACAACGAUCUCUUCUUUUUGGGCCAUCUGUUUUUUUAUGAUGAUGAUCAUUCUUGGUCUAGCUCAACAGGUUGCACUGUGGAAUGUUGUGAUUGAAUCGGUGAUUGCGAUGAAACCAAAGCUCUUCACUGAAUGGCAAACUGUCAUCACCUUUAUUUGCUGUAACAUCGGUUUUCUGUUAGGCUUACCAAUGACUACCAAUAUUGGUGUGUUUAUUAUAUUCUUCUUCGACAUCUGUAUUGGAUCACUUUGGUGGGUCGGGAGCAUUUUUCUUAUUAUGAUCAUCGCCAUAUUAUUUAUUAGAGGGCGACCUUAUGGAACUGACAGACUGAUUUACGUCAUCACCCAACGACAGACGUCACGUGUCUGGAUUCUUCCAAUUUUUACUUUUCUUUGGAACGUUGUUCUUCCAGUAGUUUUUCUGGUGCUUUCAAUUGCCUUCGUUCGUUCGGGGAAUCCAGAAUCAGACUAUCCGUGGCAGGAUAGCAAUACUGGUGACACCUAUUGGCCAUUAUGGGCAAAAAAACUGGCCACCUUAGUUCAAGCUCUUCCUUUGUUGAUUGUUAUUGUUGUAUGUAUAUAUCAGGCGUGCCGUUACCUAAAAGUAUCAACAACUAACGAAGCUCUACACGAGCGCGUGGAACACUGGUGUUGUCCUGUUUUUGCUACUCCGAACGUAGCCUUAACUUCUUUGCAAAACAACGUUGUGUCGUCUUCUCCGACAGGGGGCGUUGUUAAUGUUGCUUUUGAAGACGACCCUCCACCUAAAUACACGCCACCUCCAUCGUAUUCUUCUGCCACCGCGCGGAUGAUCAUAAAAAAAUUAGUCCGAAGUCAUUCUAUGAAUGAAGGAAAAUAUCGGAAGGCACUCAGACGCUUAUCGUUUUCACCCACCCUCCCUGUCACAGUUGAAACUGUCUCCGGCGUUGUGACGUCAGCAGAUAAUUGCUCUACCAGCUCUUCUGCGUCACCACCCUCGAGCUAAAGAAUCUUGGAAUAGUGAUAAAACUAUAAGAAGUGUAGCAGUAAAACAGUUUAAAAAUUACUUUUAAAACUGGUUUUUGUUUGGUAUCCGAGGGACUAAAUAUUCACACGUGAAUAUAUAUAUAUAUACGUAUUUAAUUUUUGAGAACAAUUUUGUAUAGCGUAUUUUUGUAAAAAAAAAAAAAAAUCGAAACAAAAUCUUUUACAACAUGGCCUAAUAAUUACAGUAACUAUUACUAAUUUUUCAGUAAGCUUAUUUUAUAUGGUGGCAAAAUUUUACUGUGUUAUUUUUUCAUUGUGUAAAAAGAGAAAAAUCUUUAAAAACUAAAAAUGCGAGUUAGUUCAGAAUUGUACUUAUUUAUAUUUGUCCUAAAACAAUAGUAUUUAUUAGGCUUACUGUACUUUUAAAUACUAUAUUUUUAUUCGGUUUUUAGGGUGUUUUUCCGAGAGGAAUAUAAAAUAGUAUUUCAACCACACUAUGUCCAUCAUGUCCAGUGCCGUCGACUUGAUUCGUUAAAUAUCGAAACUCAUCAGAUCUUCUUGCUGUUCAUAUAAAGAGUUUGUUGGAAUAAAAAUUAAGAUGUUAACUUCUUUUCAUAAGUUAACGAAGCAUGAUUAUAAUGAAUUAUAUUAAUCAAAAGAUAAUGAUACCCAAUGCAAGUGUUUUAAAUUUAUUAAGAAAGAGAUCCUGAUUUUCUUUUCCUAACCAAUAAUUGUGAAAAUUCUUCAAAUUUUCGUAAUUUAUAUUAAAGAAGAUAGCCUAUUAAUCUUGAAUCAUUUAUUGUCGUGUUCGUUUUCAGCGUCUUGGGCUUUAUUGGUGUGUAUUUUAUUAAAGAAACAUCUUAUAUUAAAAUUGAAAACAAAAGAUUCGGCUUACACCGCGUUACGAACUGAAUACAGACAGAUAAGAUAUGCUCGGUCACGUGUUUGUUUUAGACGUGAACGAAAGGUAAAUACGUCCAACUUAUGAUCAGCAAAAACGAACAAUAUUCGGAAGGUUUAUAAAAUGCAAGAGUUGAGAUCUUCUCAAUCAAGUUUUAUGGGGAAUACAAUUAUUUUAAUAUACCAACAGAUGGCGCCACUUGUAUUAUAAGCCAGACUGCUCUUCCUCAUUAGGGUGUUUGAUAGCAAUGAUAGAUGCAUAAUAAUGAACAGUAAUUUAUAACAAAAGUAUAAAAUAACUGACCUGAUGGCUGUAUUAUAGAAUCAAACAGUCAGAGUAAAUAUGCUACUUAUUAAAGUACAACUUUUUUGUUUGUUUUUUUGUUACGUGCCAAUAUAUGAACUUUGUAUUUUACAAGUGUGAAAAUUAAAAUUUAUCGAUUGACAGUUCUAUUUAAUUAUUUAAUGUUAUAUUCAACUGAUCUGGAAAAUUAAUCCUUAGAAAUUAUUAUUUUAAAAUCCUGUCAACUUUCCAGCUAGAGACGUAAUUUUUCUUUCCAGUAUUUAUGUGACUUCGAAUUCCCCGUCACACCAAACAUGCUCGCCCUUGCAGCCGUGGGGGCGGUAUUAUGUGACGGUCAAUCCCAUUAUUCGUUGGUAAAAGAGUUGGCGAUGAGUGGUGAUGACUAACUACCUUCCCUCUAGUCUUACACUGCUAAAUUAGGGACGGCUAGCGCAGAUAGCCCUCGUGUGGCUUUGCGCUAAAUUCGAAACAACAAACAAUUUAUGUGACCUUUAGUUUAAAAUAUAUUUAAAUAUCGGAUAUCUGAACGAUUAAUCUCGGGCAGUUCUUUUUCUUUUUUUCCAAAAAAGAAAAAGGUGGAUUGAUGUUGUUUUUUUCUCUUGGUGUUAUAUCUAAGUUGAUGUAAAAACUAAGCUGGUGUUAAGUAUGUAAAUAAAGGCAAUACAUUAUUUUCCCACCCCAUAAAGUUUUUCGAUGUCCUACGAAAGUGAUCUUUGAAAGGCUUAAAAAAGAUUCCAUGUAUACGCCAUCUAAAAGAGCUAACACAUACAUACAUACAUACAUACAUAUAU